UAGAGUCUCUCCUUCUAAAUUACAAUGGCAGAGAACUCAAUCUCUAACAAGUCAUCUUCAGCUGAUAUGGCACCAGAUAAACAAUCGGACCAGAAACCCUCUUCAUCACUGAAGCUAUUUGGUUUUUCACUAACUGAGCAAGACGAAAUUUUAGAGAAAGCUGAAGAUUUUGGAGAAAGUAGGAAAUUCGAGUGUCCAUUUUGCCACCGAGUAUUUGCCAACUCUCAAGCACUAGGAGGCCAUCAAAAUGCACACAAGAGAGAGCGUCAAAGAGCUAGGCGAGCCCAUUUUCACAGCCAUCAACGGUUCAUAGCAGCUGCGCCUGUUUUAAGCUCUCACGCUGUAAGGUCGAUGCCGCCCUCGUUUCCUAGAGGGUUCAGUAGCAACAGUGCUGGUAAAUUGGUGUCACAACCAGGUUAUUAUCCAUCACAGCCACUGCUGCUUCCUCCAACUCCUUCUCAGUAUACUCCUCGAAUUUACAUAGCGCGGCCACUGCAUUUUGGCACAGCAGGCCCAGGAUUUGCUGAAUUUUCUGGUAAAUUGCCAGAGGCGGACAUAGGCAUUGAUCUUCAUCUUAAACUUUCUCCUUCAGGUUCUUAGAUACAUAUAACCCCUAUAUAUAUGUACCAUGGAGUUUAUUAAAUCCCCUCUCUUUUGUAUUUUACUGUUUCAGUUUAAAUUGGUCGUGAAACGUGUUAUCUUUUGUUGAAACAUCUUCCAAUGUAUUGAAGAGUUUGAUCUUCCAGGCAAUUUAUAGUCUUCAAGCAUUACAAUGGUUUCUGUCUUAUGCCAGAGUUUCUGUGAUAUUGUUGAAAUUGUAAAACAUUUGGGGAUUAGUAAUAAUUAAAUAAAACAACUUUCUGCAGAUAGCAGACAUUGAGAAUGUUAUGUGGGACAAGAUGGAAGCAACAUUACAAGAAAGAAAAUAACCCAAGUUCACAAAGGGGCAUUUUGCAUAUCAGGCAUCCAAGACCAAGACCCGCAGGCUCGU